AUGGCUCUCAGCGGUUCCUUCGCCGCAUUCCUCAUCGUUUGUCCAACCUGCUUUUUCCUUGGGAUAAUUUUCUCUCUCUUCCCCUACGACUACCCGUUGCUAUGGUCAGCCGCGCCAACCCCGCCAUCUCACUAUGACUAUCUCGAGGCCCAUUUGCGAUUCCUCCAUAGCUCUCCGCCAUUGAUCCCACGCAUCCUCCAUAUUGUCAUCGCGGUUGGACUACUGGGCUUGGUGAUGAAGCUUUACAAGCCAACCGAAUCCAACAUGCUAUUUGACGGCGCCAGCUUGGUUCUUUACAUGUGCGGUAUCACUGUCUACAUUGCCAACAUAGUUAAGGGGCUUCGUAUUGUUACAGAAGGUGAUUAUGGAGCGUCUGCUGCAGCAGAUGCCGCCGCCGCCGCUGCUGCUGCCGCAGCUUCGGGUGAGAAUGAAGACGAUAUUGGGAGUGUUCAGCAAGUGCUUGGCCGGGAGGAUAGCAUGAAAGUGCUCGCAGCAAGUAACACCAUUUUGGCAUUGGUUUUGAUUGGCGUUUUGGUACUCCAAGCCGGCCAAUGGUAUGCCGACAGGAAAUCCCAGCAAGAAGCGGAGCUGAUCAGAAAGAAAGAGGAAGAAAGUGCAGAGAAAAACAGGACUGACAAGGACUCCUCCACCAAGGCUGCGAAGCAGAGCAGCAGCUCUGCUGCCAACAAGAAAAAACAAUAA